GAUGAUGAUCCGGAUGAUCCUCUCCUCUGUGUCUUCGAAGAACCUUCUUCACACUGUAGCAAACGACCAGAACCCGAACCAGGGAAACAUGGAGAACUCGACUCUUCCUGAGAGCGACAAAACGCUGGACAAGUGGAGCCACUACAGCACCCAGUACAAGGUGGUGAGCAUCCUGCUGGUGGCUCUGAUCUGCGCCGCGGGCAUCGUGGGGAACGUCAUGGUGAUCCUGGUGGUCCUCACGACCAAACACAUGCGGACCCCGACGAACUGCUACCUGGUGAGCCUGGCGGUGGCCGACCUCAUGGUGCUGACCGCCGCCGGGCUGCCCAACAUCGCCGACAGCCUGUACGGCCACUGGGUGUUCGGCUACGCCGGGUGCCUCUGCAUCACCUACUUCCAGUACCUGGGGAUCAACGCCUCGUCCUGCUCCAUCACCGCCUUCACCGUGGAGAGGUACAUCGCCAUCUGCCACCCGAUGAAGGCCCAGUUCCUGUGCACCCUGUCCCGGGCCAAGAAGAUCAUCAUGGCCGUGUGGGCUUUCACGUGCCUCUACUGCGUCAUGUGGUUCUACCUGUCCGACACCAAGGAGGAGGCUCACGGGAACACCACCCUCGUCACCUGCGCCUACAAAGUGUCCCGAAACCUCUACCUGCCCAUAUACUUCACGGAUUUUGCCGUUUUUUACGUGUUGCCGCUGGGACUGGCCACCGUCCUGUACGGCCUGAUUGCAAGGAUACUCUUCCUGAACCCUCUUCCCAUGGACCCCAAGGAGAACAUCAAGAAGUGGAAGGAUAGCAGCUCCCAGACAAGCAAGAUGGCUCUGAGGAACUCCAGCUCGUCCAGUAACACCACAACAUCCUCGCGGAGGCAGGUGACGAAGAUGCUGGCCGUGGUGGUGGUCCUCUUCGCCCUCCUCUGGAUGCCCUACCGCACCCUGGUGGUGGUCAAUUCCGUGCUGGACCAGGCCUACCUGGACACCUGGUUCCUGCUCUUCUGCCGCAGCUGCAUCUACCUGAAUAGCGCCAUCAACCCGGUCAUCUACAACGCCAUGUCGCAGAAGUUCCGCGCAGCCUUCCGGCGGCUGUGGCGCUGCGGCGCCGGCCUCGGGGGGCACCGCUCCGAGAAGCCCGUCGCCCGCAGCGUGGCGCUCACCUACAGCGUCGUCAAGGAGACGUCCAACGAGGAGAGCCCCGAUCACCUGACCACCGAGCUGGACGACGUGGUCCCCGGCGCCAGCUUCGUCGGCAGCGGCGAAUCGUCGCCCUGCCACUCUUUCCUUUCCGGCAAGGUCGCUUUCGGUGACGUGUGA